AUGGAGAACCUCGAGACACUCCGUUCCGUUGGUCGAUUGGAACAAUAUUCAACAUCGCGGCACCAGAUUGGGUUUUAUUUGAAUGUUGCUGUAUCCGCAACUUAUUUCCUACCAGAAACAUUCGUACUUCCUGUCAAAGACUAUGUCUAUCAGGCAUGCGAGGCCACAAUCGCGGAACAUCCGUCGCUAUCCGCCAUCGUGGCAGAUGAUCAAACACAAGACCCGUAUUUCGUGCGGCUGCCAGAGAUUGAUCUUGACCAAGUUGUAUCUUUUCAGGAUAGGAAACCGGGCUUGUUGUGCACUGAAGCCGAUGGUGAACCCGCUCCAGAUCUUGACCUACAAACCUUGCUUGCAACCCAGCACAACCUACCUUUCAGGACUCCAAAUGCAUUCUGGAGACUCUGUAUCUUACUAGAUAUAGAGGAUGAGCGGCAAUUUACUGCAGCAUUUGUAUAUCACCACGCCAUUGGUGAUGGAACAUCCGGAAAAGCCUUUCAUCAGACCUUUCUACGAGCCCUAGGGGCAAUAGACUCCCCGGACCAGACUAAAUCCAUCAUCAAGUCACCGCGGCUCCCCCUCUUGCCAAGUAUCGAGCAUGUGCACUCAAUGUCUCUUUCCCUACCUUAUCUUGCCAAGAAAAUCUUCCAGGCAAAAAUCUACUCCCGACGGCCCACGGGUCUAUGGACUGGCUCCAAGGUUCUAGUCCCCUCUCAGACCCGCUUGCGGCUCCUGCCAUUCUCCAAACUACUCGUCUCGACAGUAAGAGAUAGAUGUCGAAAAGAAGGUACGACAAUCACCGCACUUCUGCAGACGAUCGUCGCUCGCUCCAUCUUCGCACACAUCCCACCCGAGUUCACGCGGCUUGCCUGCACCGGCGCACUCUCAAGCCGGCGCUGGCUGCCAGACGUUAUCACUGAUGAGUCAAUGGGCGUCUGGGUCCAAGACUACGAAGAGACCUAUUCCCGGGCGGCAGUCACGUUGUCUGACGGCUCCUUCCCGUGGACAGAGGCUAGACGGUCUCGUAAGACGAUCCAGUCUGUCUUGAAAAUGGAAGGCAAGAAUGCCAGCACGAGUCUGCUGCAGUUUGUUGAUGAUUUUCAAGAGGAACUGUGUUUGUCCAAGGUUGGCAAGGACCGCGAGAAGAGCUUUGAGGUGUCGAAUGUUGGCGUUUUGGACCCGCAAACGAAUACUGAUAUGCCUUCCAUCAAGGGAAUGGUGUUUUCGCAGUCUGCCAGUGUGAUGGGUAAUGCCAUUGAGGUGUCGGCUAUCACUGGGGGAGAUGGGUGUUUGGUGUUGGCUGUUUCUUGGCAGCAAGGUGUUGUGGAGGCUGAUCUCGUCAAUGAGGUUGUUGAGUCGAUUAAGCAGGACUUAUACUCUAUUGACGGGGUGUGA